AUGAUAGUGUUUUCAAUAAUCAGUCAAUUGUCUCGUCUAUUCUUCAUUUUGUUGUUACCUUUAGCCUUUCAAUUAGGAGGGCGUGUGACUGGUCUGGCACUUUCUUUUGCGUUUAUCGUAUACUUUGGCGCGUUGAGCAUAGCACGAGCAAUAUGGUGGAAAGAAAAUACUCUGGGUUGGGUUAUUCCCCAAUUGCUGGCAAUGUCUCAACCCAUACUAAUCCCCUACUUUGUGUAUCACUCCAUUCGAUUGACAUAUGCCUCGACACAAAGCAGUGAAGAAGAUGUAUUGCUCAUGAUGCUUAAGGGAUAUGAAUCAAUAUUAGCCUAUUGCGCUCCUGUGUUUAUACUAAUAGAGGGCCUUGCGACAUCAUUGGUAUUAGAAGUGGGUCGGAAAGCAGUGAAGAAACGUGAUCAUUUACAGCUUCCAUUAUUCAUAGGUUCAAUGCUCUUAUACUUCGCAUCUGGACUAGCUUUGACCUAUGUUUAUAAUACCAAUUGGCCGGAAAGGUGUCAUCACGGAUACUGCACUAAUGUAUAUUGCAUCUCAAUGAUGUCCAUUGAUUGGCAACACGCGCGUAAUAAACCAUCGCCGACUGAAACAAUCCAAUCGGACAGUUCACUACCUCUGCCGUUGAUAAUAUUCAGAAAAUUGGAUUUCGAACAUGUUGUAAGCUUGACCGUCGAAUACGUACAAUCGGUCAAAUUCGUAUCGGCUAUCCAAAGGACCCUCGCAUUGGAAGUAUUUGUGGCCCUUGUUUAUCGCAUGAGCGUUAUCAUAUCAGCUGCUUAUUUUGUAUCCAAAUUUAAGCAAGCGAGAUUGGAAGCCGAGACUGGGAUUAGGCACAAAGACGACGAAGAGAUUGGUCCGAGAUUCCUCAAUUUAAUUACUUCGAUCACCACACCGACGCUCAUUGCUGUCUAUACACAUUUACUCUUGUGUCAUUUUGGAUAUUUAGACGGUAGAAACUUCAUAUGGCGGUGGUUUAACAUAUUUUGUUUUCUCUUCAUUCAUACUGCAGAGAUAUUAUAUGACGAUGACGAUACUUGGGAUUUCGAAAGGGAAGGAUUGGGGAAAAAUUACUUUGACGAUUAUUAUGAGAAGGCUGAUUGA